AUGGAGGCCCACAAGAGCGAAGUCGAGCAUCCUGCGAGUCAUCACGUCAAUCAGGCCACUGCUGAUGAUGCCGUCAUGGAAGAAAGACUAGCUCAUCUGGCCAACCAGGAGGACCACAAGGUUGGCAAAUGGCAGGCCAUCAAGCAAAACCCUCGGGCCUUUGCUUGGUGUCUCUUUGCUGUUUGGACAGUCCUGCUGGUUAGUUUCGAGAACCAAGCAUCUGGCAAUGUUCUGGCAAUCCCUCAAUUCCGCAAAGACUUUGGCUCUUAUUACGCUGGCAACUGGGUCUUGGACGCGAAGUGGCAGUCUGCUUUCAGUGGCGCGCCAGUAGCAUCACAAGUCAUCGGAGCUCUCGCUUCGGCCCAGUUUGCGGAUUGGAUUGGCCGAAGAUACAGUCUUGUCAUCGCUCUCAUAAUAUCAUUUGCUGCAAUUACCAUGGAGAUGGUCGCAACCACAAACGAAGUCUUCUUUGGCGGCAAAUUCCUGAACGGCUUUGCAGUUGGCACACUACAGGCGGUAUCCGGAACUUACAUUGGCGAGAUCGUUCCGCUGGCUCUUCGUGGUCUGACAACCUGCUUGAUCGCACUUUCCUACACUGUCGGACCUUUCACCGUCGCCCUGAUCGUCAACAGCGAAGGUGACGUGGAUAACCGCUGGGCAUAUCGCUCCGUCUUCUGCUCUCAAUACGGAUUCGCUGCCAUUUCAGCCGCUUUCGUGUUUUUCAUGCCUGAGUCUCCCUGGUGGCUUGUCAACAAAGGCAAGGAGGAGAGGGCUCUCCGCAUGCUUCAUCGUCUCGGCUACAGAGCAGAGACCGGCGAAGAUGUCAAGCGUCUUGCCAAUAUUAAGCUCACUCUCGAGGCUGUUCGUCGGGAGACGGAAGGCGUCACAUACAUCGAGUGUUUCCGCAAGUCCAACUUCAGACGUACCAUCGUCUCGAUCACGCCCCUAGUGGUUCAACAAUUCUCUGGAAUCGUCUUCGCUGCAGGAUACAGUACAUAUUAUGCACAGCUUGCAGGAUAUUCUACAGAUGCCAGCUUUAAAUUGCAAAUUGUGCAGCAAGUUCUGUCGAUGGUGGGCAACGUCAUCUCUUGGUACCUCGUGGACAAGGUCGGGCGACGUGAUCUGACCUUCUACGGUACUGGCAUCUUGACCGUUGUAUUGUGGAUUAUGGGAGGUCUUGCAGUUGGAGGCUCGCCCGCUGAGCUGAAGGGAUGCGUUGCCAUGAUUCUCGUCUACUGCUUCCUCUACAACGUCACCAUUGGAGCGACGGCGUACGUGGUACUGACAGAAACUGCGACUGCUCGACUUCGUGUCAAGACCAUUGCCAUAGGUCUUGCUGUUGCCAACUCCCUCGGCGUCAUGUGGAGCUUUGUCCUGCCGUACAUCUUCAACCCCGACCAUGCCAACCUCGGUGGCAAGCUUGGUUUCAUCUAUGGAGGACUGUGCUUCCCCUGCCUUGCUUUCAUCUGGUGGUAUCAGCCUGAGACAAAGAACCGGUCGUAUGAGGAGCUUGACGAGAUGUUUUCCAAGAAGAUUCCUGCAAGACACUUCAAGGACUACAAGACCGAGACUGAGACGCGUGGACAAGAGAUUCAGAAUGAAAAGCUCGGUGCAGAGGCCUAA